AUGACAGUUGACUCACCUUAUCAAAAAUAUGAUUUUAAUUUAUAUAAUAAAACAAUUGAGUUAGCACAAAAAGCUUCUCAAGUUGGAAAUGUUAUUCAAACAAUUCAAGGUGCUAUGGGUGAAUUUGAAAAGAUUAUUGAAAGUAUCAUAUCAUCAUUUCCACAAAAUGAUGCACCAGCUUCAUUUUCAUCACUCCUUAAUUUAACUAUGAAUUUUCAAGUCAAUUUGAAAACGGAGUUAGGAUUAGUAGCAGAAAAUUAUAGAAAACUAAGUGAUAAAUUAAAAGGACCAUGGGAUUGGAAAGAAAAAUUUAGUACAUAUGAACGUAUUAAGAAACAACAAAUACAAGAAAUAUUUAAUAUUCAAACAUAUCGAUGUUUUAUUAAUUUUCUUAUUGAUGCUAAAAAUAAUUGUCAUUUUAUUUCUCAAAAUGAAGUUUUUGAUGAUAACAAAUUACGUCCGUUCAUUCUUGUUAGUGAUAAAUUGGUUUCUGAUAGAAAAAAACUUCUUUCACUUGAUUAUACCCAACCAAUAAACCAAAUUUUAAAACAAGAAAAUAGACAAAAUACUGUUCUUCCAGAAUAUUUUGAAAAAAUAAUGUAUAAAUUAUAUUAUGAAAAAGAACUUGAAGGAGCAUUUAGACAAUGUGCAGGAGUAACUGAAAUGGUUGAAUAUGUAAAAUAUAUUGGAAUUAUUGAUUUUCAAUUAACAGAUUAUAUUUUAUUAUCUGCUAUUGUUAAAAAAUAUCUUAGAGAAACAACAGAACCAGUUUGGCCACAAAGUCAAUUUGAUCAAUUAAUGUUUAUAACAGGACAAUAUGCAUCAAGUCCAAUUCAAUGGAAAAUGAAGUUUAGGUCAGUGUAUCAAAGUGUUCCAUCAGAAAAUAAAGUAUUUAUUGAGUCAUUAAUAGCAUUAUGUAUUAAAAUUAUUAAUAAUCCAACAAGUAAAAUGAAUAUACAAAAUAUGUCUAUUUGUAUUGCACCAGGUUUUAUUAGAAAAAGUGCUAUCAAUGAUCUUACUCAAUCUUCUCAUCAAUUAGUUUUUAUAGCAUUUAGUAAUAUGUUAACUUAUGCAAAAGAAUUAUUUCCUGAUUUAGGAAUGAAAUUUAUUGAAAGUCGUUAUGAUCAAGUAAUGAAUCCACACACAUUAUAUAAAGAUACUUUUAAUGAAAAAUUAUUAAAACAACCUACAACUUCAAGAAGUCCAAUUGCUAGUCGUAGUAAUAGAUGGGUUAGACAACAAUCUUCAAUUCAAACACACAAACGAUCAAGUGCAAUGUUAAAUCGAUUGUCAAUAAAACAACUUUGUUAA